CGCGUGAUGCGCUUGAUGUGCCGUGUAAGCUUCAUCGCACACACCCUGGCAUGCGGCUACUUUUUUGUUGCACGCGUAGCACGGGAUGCGAACGAAGGACGGACUAUCAGAUCGUAUUUUCCUGACGAACAGAACUCGAAUGGCGAUAUGUACGUUUACUUCCUCUACUGGGCCGUGACGACCAUGACAACGGUGGGGUAUGGAGACAGCCCGCCGCUUACAGUUGCGGAAGUUGGCUACGUUUCCAUCGGAGUCCUCGUUGGCGCCUCAACCUUCACCUAUGUCGUGGGUACACUCUCUAGCGUGGUUGAAGAGCUGAACGAGGCUUCGGACACGUUUCGCACUCGAAUUGACCACCUCAAAGCCUAUCUCCGUGAACGAGGAAUCUCUGGACCAUUGGCCGACCGUCUCCGCCGCUACUACGAGUACUAUCUCCUACAGCGUGACGACGAAAAUGAGGAAACCAUUCUAUCGGCGCUGUCAGACGAUCUCCGUAGUCAAUUGGUGCUGCAUUUGAACCGCGAUGUCGUGAGUAAGAUCGGCUUCUUCGCCACGCAAGAUGAUGCGUGUGUGAGCUACCUCAUGGGGAUCUUAGAUCCUGAGUUCUGCACCCCAGGCGAGUACGUGUUCAAGGAAGGCCAGGUAGGCCGUCACAUGUAUUUCCUCGUCAAAGGCGCGGCCGAAGUAGUCUUCAAGGCUGGAACGAGCGAGGAGCAGGUGGUUGCAACGCUGCUCGAGGGGAGCUACUUCGGUGAGAUCGCGAUGCUCACGCGCUCCAAGCGAGCUGCAAGUAUUCGAGCCAAGACGUACAUGAGCCUCUUCGUGCUCAGCUUGCACGGGCUCGAUCGAAUCUCGCUGCACUACCCGGAGAUG